AUGCGGUACUUUUUCCUAGGGCUAUCCACGGCAGUUACUUGCCGGGCAGCGUAUUCUACGGAGUCUGACCGCUUAUUUGAGGAAAAUCCUCAAAGUAGCAAGUGCACCUUCCAGUUUAUGGAAAAAAUCGCCUUGUCAAAGGAAUCUGCAUUUUUUGACCACGAAAACCGCGCGUCGAAAGAUACAUCCACACAAAUCAAGAGAGAACCAGAAGAGCUCUUUUAUAACAAUCAAAAACCAGGUAUUUUUCAUCGGAGCAGGGGUUGUGGCAUUUCCAACCACAAAUCGUCCGAGUGUGCCUACCGCAAUUGUUUUUGUCAUAAAUGCGGAGUAAAAGGACAUUUAGCACCCUUGUGUAAGCAGAAUAACGUGGGUCAAAAUUUUCUAAAAGACAACGCGCUCGAAGGUUUGGACGAUAGCGACGAUCCGUGCUUUAUUAUCAGUGAUAAACCCUUGCAAGGUCCCACGAACAUCACCCAGACGUCUGUACAAAAUAUGUUUCAUAAGAAAACAGAAAAUGUCCAAAGCAGUUCAAUAAAAGCGUAUCAGCAAAUUUUGCUCGACGAUCAGUCCAAAGAGUUGGUUACCAUCUCCACACAUAAGGGGUUGUUUUCUUAUCAAAGAUUGCCUUUCGGUAUACACUGCGCGCCCUCUAUCUUCCAAAUAAUCAUGGAGCAAUUAUUUAAUAUUCCUGGCGUUAUAUCAUUCCUAGAGGACAUUCUGGUGACCGGGAGAAACGAUCUUGAGCAUUUGGAACGAUUAGAACAAGUCUUUCAAAAAUUAUCGGAAUGUGGCUUCCAAUUAAAAAAAGAAAAAUGUAGUUUCAUGCAAGAAUCUUUGACUUACAUGGGUCAUUUAAUUGACAGGUUCGGCUUGCACAAAACCGAUGAGAGGGUCGAAGCAGUGGUCAAAACCAAGAUGAAACCAGUAUAG